UGUUGUUCUUGCUUCUUUGCAGAUCAUAAAAAGCAAACAUAAGAAAGAAGAAAUCUACCUAUCUUUAUAAUACAUAUUAAUCAAUCAAUUAACGAACCAUUAAACCGAUCGAUCAAGUUGAACAGAUAGUCAAUUCAACCAAGAAAAAAAAACCCCCCAAUGACUUGGAUUGAUACCCUCAAUAGCGCUAUAGCGCAUUCAUUUAUUGGAAGGCAUUUCCAGCUCGAAGGUUCAGGUGCCAGACGUGAACGCAAAGGAACUCUCUUUUCCACCGAAAUCCGUGCUGGUUUGACUACCUUUUUCUCCAUGGCCUAUAUCAUUUCUGUAAAUUCCUCGAUUAUCAGUGACAGUGGAGGAACCUGCGUUUGUGAAUUCACCGAAGCUGAUCCUGUCUGUUCCCUCAAUGAAGAUUACAUGAGCUGUGUUUACCAAGUCAAACUGGAUUUGAUUAUGGGCACAACUGUUAUUGCUAUGAUUUCCUCUAUUCUUCUCGGUGUAUUUGCCAAUCUUCCUAUCGGUAUGGCCCCUGGUAUGGGUCUCAACGCUUACUUUACUUAUACCGUAGUUGGUUUCCAUGGUAGCGGCAAGGUGUCUUAUGAGACUGCCUUGGCUGCUGUAUUCAUCGAAGGUCUUAUCUUUUUUGUCCUAUCAAUCUUUGGUAUCCGACAAUGGCUGGCUCGAAUAAUUCCUAUGAGUAUAAAAAUUGCUAUGGGUUGUGGUAUUGGCUUGUACUUGUGCUUUAUUGGUGUUCAAAAAUCAGCCGGUAUUGGUCUUGUCAGUCUCGACAUGUCUACACUAGUAACAUUAGGUGGCUGUCCUACUGAAGCUUUGAGUGCUGAAGGUGUUUGUCAAUGGGGUCGUAUGGAGUCUGGAACUCUUUAUAUGGGUCUUCUUGGUUUGGUAAUGAUGGCUAUUCUUUUGAUGUACCGUGUCAGAGGUGCUAUCUUGAUCUCUAUUAUCUUCAUUGCUAUCACUUCCUGGCCCCGUGUGAACAAGGUCACCUACUUCCCCUACACUCCUCAGGGUGAUCUUAUGUUUGAUUAUUUCAAAAAGGUUGUUACAGUGCACAAGAUGGAACAUACUCUUGGUCGAUUCGAUUUUAACCUCACUGGCAAGGAUAUCUGGAUUGCCUUGAUCACCUUCUUGUAUGUUGAUAUCAUGGACACCACUGGUACUAUGUACUCCAUGGCUCGCUAUGGUGGCUUCACUGACAAGGCCGGUGAUUUUGAACAUUCGACCUGGGCUUUCAUGACCGAUGCUAUUACCAUCACCAUUGGUUCUUGCUUUGGUUCUUCGCCUUGUACUGCCUUUAUCGAGUCUGGUGCCGGUAUUGCCGAAGGUGGUCGUACUGGUAUCACUGCCAUUGCCACUGCCUUUGGUUUCUUUGUCUCCAUCUUCUUCUCUCCAAUCUUUGCCAGUUUCCCACCCUGGUCAACCGGGCCUGCCCUGAUCAUCGUCGGUUCAAUGAUGACCUCUGGUAUCCGCAACAUCAACUGGGAUUACCCCGGAGAUGCCAUUCCGGCCUUCAUUACACUUGCCAUCAUGCCAUUCACUUACUCGAUUGCCUAUGGUGUCAUUGGUGGCAUCAUUUCUUAUGUUAUUAUCAACGGUUUUGCCUACGUCUUGGACAAGGCUACUGGCGGUUACAUCCGUCCCGACUACUCUCAGCGCGAGGACUGGUGGACUGCUGCCAUGAGCCGCUCUUUUGUUCCUACCUGGAUCCAGUUCUUGAUUGCCAAGUCGCGUGGACAGUCGUUCGACUGGCACAAGGAUGAGUAUGAGUUCGAAGACGAUGUCAAGCUCGAGACUCCUACUGGUGUUAUUACCAACCACUCUGGUAUUUCUCAAGACAACAUCUCAGCCCGUCAAGAUUUUACUUCUAAGGCUGAAAAGACUGAGUACUAUGGCAGUUAAAUAAUAAUAAUAGUGAUAAUAAUAAUAUACAUACACUCGCACACUUUCCCAAUCACAUUCACAUAUAUACACCCACACACACACAUUUAUAUACAUAUAUAAAAUAAUCAGCUUCUUUUUUUUAUGUUACUUAUUUAUAAUACAGUUAUCUCUAAUAAAACCUAAUUCCUUAUCAUCUUAUUGAACACAC